GGUGUCUAUCUAUCCUCCAUCGAACACAAUCUUAUCUUUAAUUCUCUUCUCAUACAAUUUCAAAUUAUUAUCACUUCAAAAUUCCAAAACCCAAACUUUAGUUCACCUCACACUAAACCAUGGCUGCUUCUACACUUUCCCCUGCAACUCUUUCUCAGGUAUGUUCUGGCAAUGGGAUGUUUUCUCCUUCGCAAGGAAAACCCACCAGGACCCAAUUGAUGGUUAAAGAAAGGGGAACCAAGAUUAUUUGCCAGGCUUCAAGUAUUCCUGCUGAAAAUGUACCGGACAUGGGUAAAAGAGAGCUCAUGAAUUUGCUUCUCUUGGGUGCCCUUUCUCUCCCUACUGCUGGAAUGCUUGUUCCAUAUGGUUCCUUCCUCGCCCCCCCUGGCUCAGGAAGUGGAGCUGGUGGACAAACAGCAAAGGAUGCUUUGGGUAAUGAUGUCAUUGCAGCUGAAUGGCUCAAGACCCAUGGACCAGGAAACAGAACCCUAACUCAGGGAUUGAAGGGAGACCCUACUUACCUAGUUGUGGAGAACGACAAAACACUUGCAACUUACGGUAUCAAUGCAGUCUGUACCCAUCUUGGUUGUGUGGUUCCAUUUAAUGCCAAUGAGAAGAAGUUUAUCUGCCCUUGCCAUGGUUCGCAGUACAAUAACCAAGGGAGAGUUGUUAGAGGACCUGCUCCUCUGUCCUUAGCAUUGGCACAUGCUGAUGUUGUCGACGGAAAAGUUGUAUUUGUUCCAUGGGUUGAAACCGAUUUCAGAACAGGCGAGGCCCCAUGGUGGUCUUAAACAUUUCGCAUCUCUUCAAUAUCAUUUCCAUUCCUCAUCUAAUCAGCUUGAACCGAGUCAAUUUGUUUGCUUCAAUGCAUAAAUACAUAUCAUCAUACUCCUGCAACGUUCUUGUUUGUAACUCUUAAACUCAGGCUUGUAAGUUGUAAUCAGAACUCAAAUUGAACUUAUUUGUUAUAUAUCAUCCAUCUUGUUCCAACAAGAACAAAUCCA